UGUUUGAGUAGAGAUCCGAAUUUCACUGUGAAACAGUUGGAGAUUGCAAAGAUAAAUAGUCCCCCGUCAUGGAUUUAAUUUUCAUCACUAUACACUAUUUCCUAUUUUCCUCAACUAGAAACCAUCUCCUCAACCCCACUCUUCUUCUUCCAACUUAGGAGAGAUUUCUCCACUACUCAUUCCAUAUGGCAAUCCUGAAUUCAAACAUCAUCAACCCUCUUCUGCCUCCAUUUCCCAUUCAAGAUCCCUCCACUGUCCACAAUGCAGACUUCCUCAAUCUCUCCCUCUCCCCGCCUUCCUCCCCGUCCUCCAACACCCCACCACCUCCCUUCCUACCACCCUCCUCCAACACCCCACCACCUCCCUUCCCACCACCGUCCUCCAACACCCCACCACCUCCCUUCCCACCACCGUCCUCCAACACCCAACCACCGUCUCAGCUCGUCGUCCAGAACCCUGCAGCAGCUCCUCCUCAACGAGACAGUACGAUUAUAGGGCGAUCACGCCCGAGGCGGGUGGGACGACGAUCCUCUACUCAAACCCUCCGACCAGGUAAGAGCGAGAACAUCACCCCGCCGUAUCCGUGGGCCACCGCGCAACGGGCCACGAUACACAACCUCCAAUACCUAAUAGGGAAAGGCCUAAAGACGAUCAGGGGGAAGGUCCAAUGCAGGAGGUGCGAGAGACAGUACGAUUUGGAGUACGACUUACAGAACAAAUUCGCGGAAGUGGCCACGUUCAUCAUGAAGAAUAUAGAUGAAAUGCGACAGAGGGCGCCGGAGGCGUGGAUGGAUCCGAGCCUACCCAACUGCAAUUACUGCGAGCAACACAACUGCGUGAAGCCCAUCUUGACGAAGAAGAAGUCCAUCAACUGGCUGUUCUUGUUGCUAGGUCAAAUGGUGGGGUGCUGCAAGCUGUCUGACCUCAAGUAUUUCUGCAAGCAUACCAGGAAUCAUCGAACCGGAGCCAAAGACAGGGUUUUGUAUCUCACCUAUUUGGAACUUUGCAGGCAGCUUAGCCCGGAGAACUGGGCCUAUUCCUGUCUCUGGACCAUCCAAUCCUUCGUACCGUCACAGUGACACCACAAUUGAGCAGAAAAUGAUAUUGGGAAAGCUGCCAAAAACAGUGCCCGUUCCUCCUUCCGUUCCGUCCAGCAGAAGGAACUAUCCGCCACCUGGUCUAUAUCACAACAAAAACACCAUUCAAAAGAAAAUAAUGGUGGGGAGGUUGCCAAUAGGAGUACCAAUUCCGGCAUCUGGUCCAUCUGGCAAUUCCAACAUUCGGCCACCUCUACCAUCUUUGUUUGCUAAGUAACGAUGAUGUCUAACAAUAAUGUACUAUUGGAAUACCUUGUUUUUUAUGUCAUAUGUUUGGAUC